CACUGGCUUGCACGGACCAUCAGCAGCGACCAAUCUGAGCAAAGAAAAACCAAAGCGGGGAAACUGCAGUAGCUCUGCUAUGAAAAUCAGGCAGCAAACAAACUAAGCAAGAGAAAGUGGGGAGGAGACUAUCAAAGGCGGGUGUGUAGUUAAAAAAAGAGCUUGCAGGGGCACCUGUGAACCCCCUAAAGUAACUGGGUGGAUUUGUGUCCUAGGGAGGAGAAAGACUCCCAGGAGGAAGAGCUGGAAAUUGCUGUGAGCAGAAGGAGGCAAAUCAAUCUCCCACCCCCUCCAAGAACCUGGUGUGUCCGUGUGAGGGAGAAAGGAGUUUGGGGGAAUGAAGCUGGAAGAUCCCGAGACUCCGAGAAGAAAAGUUGCUGCGAAGGGGGACUUUGCAGUCUAGAAACUGAGCUCUGCUCCGCGAUGGGCUUUCUGGUGUCUAAAGAAAACCUGCUCCUCUUCCUCUGCGCUAACGUCUUCCCUGUGUGCAGCCAUGUGGAAACCCGAGCCCACGCAGAGGAGAGACUCCUGAAGAAACUCUUCUCUGGCUAUAACAAGUGGUCCCGACCUGUAGCCAACAUUUCAGACGUGGUCCUGGUCCAUUUCGGAUUGUCCAUCGCGCAGCUCAUUGACGUGGAUGAGAAGAAUCAAAUGAUGACCACGAACAUGUGGGUGAAGCAGGAGUGGUAUGACUACAAGUUGCGCUGGGAUCCUCUGGAAUAUGAGAACGUUACAUCCAUCCGCAUCCCUUCAGAACUCAUUUGGAGGCCGGAUAUCGUUCUCUACAAUAAUGCAGAUGGGGACUUUGCAGUCACCCACCUGACCAAAGCCCACCUCUUUUAUGAUGGAAGAAUCAAGUGGAUGCCCCCUGCUAUCUACAAAAGCUCCUGUAGCAUCGAUGUCACCUUCUUCCCCUUUGACCAGCAAAACUGCACCAUGAAGUUUGGCUCCUGGACCUAUGACAAAGCCAAGAUAGACUUAGUGAGCAUGCACAGCCAUGUGGACCAAUUGGACUACUGGGAGAGUGGAGAAUGGGUCAUCAUCGAUGCCGUGGGCAAUUACAAUAUCAAGAAAUACGAGUGCUGUGCAGAGAUCUACCCUGAUAUCACCUACUUCUUUAUUAUCAGGAGGCUGCCCUUGUUCUACACAAUUAAUCUGAUCAUCCCCUGCCUCCUUAUCUCCUUCCUGACUGUCUUAGUCUUCUACCUGCCUUCGGAGUGUGGUGAGAAGAUCACCCUUUGUAUCUCAGUGCUGCUGUCACUGACCGUGUUCCUGCUGCUCAUUACGGAGAUCAUCCCUUCCACCUCCUUGGUCAUCCCCUUGAUUGGAGAGUAUCUGCUUUUCACCAUGAUAUUUGUCACCUUGUCCAUCAUCAUCACUGUCUUUGUGCUCAACGUGCACCACCGCUCCCCCCGCACCCACACCAUGCCCGACUGGGUGAAGCGAAUCUUUCUCGAUGUUGUCCCACGCCUCCUCUUCAUGCAACGGCCCUCGGUGGUGAAGGACUCUUGCAAGAAGCUGAUUGAGUCCAUGCACAAAAUAGCCUCCUCUCCGCAGCUUUGGUCCGAGACCGAAGUGGAGCCUAAGUUUACUACCUCCUCUUCAGACAGCCCUCAGAGCAAAGGACCGUCACCCGCCUCUUCCUUCUGUGCCCAUCUUGAGGAGCAAGUCAAACCCCAGACUGUCGGCAAGUCACCUUCUCUCCAGUACUCUGUGCUACACCAAGAGCCAGCACAGGCUAGCUGCUCCUCCCUGCAGCCCCCCUGCCAUCCGCUGAGUGACACCCAGUCCACGUCCAUCUCCAAGAGCAGAUCAUUAAGCGUCCAGCAGAUGUACAGCCCAAAUAAAGUAGAGGAUGGGAGCAUCCGCUGCAGAUCCAGGAGCAUCCAGUACUGCUAUCUGCAAGAGGAGUCCUCUCAGACCAACGGCCAGACCAGUGGCUCUCCAGCAUCUCAGCGGUACCAUCUGAAUGAAAAGCAGCCCCAAAGCAAACCCUCCCAGUGUAAAUGCAAGUGUAAAAAGAAUGUGGCAACCAGCUCUUCGGAGCAAGGAACCAAAACUCUCAGCACCAAAGAGCAACACGUUUUGCUGAUGUCCCCUGCCUUGAAGCUGGCAGUGGAGGGGGUCCAUUACAUCGCAGACCACUUGAGAGCCGAGGAUGCAGAUUUCUCAACAGUGUGUGAUGAAAACCACUAGUGCGUGCCUUCUCCUCUGGUGCCAUGUGACACUUUCCCCUUGUGAAAUGGUCCGAUAUCUUCAGGGGAGAGCUGCCCUCAUCAUGACUGUCAAUGUACAAGAGAAAAGAACAGCUUUGUCUUCUGUAAAUGAACAUUCCACCACAACAGUCUAAUGGGUUAGCGGUUAAAAAAUAUCCAGCAUGAGAACUCAAACAAAUCGGAAAACUAUGACCCUAGAGACCACUGAUCCUUUAGCUUUCCCUGGGAAUAGAUGCCAAAUCUACUAUGUUAAGUUGCUUUAUUUUUUUCCUCUAUUCCCUGCUACAUAAAUAAGCGUGUUUCACUUAUAGAGUUUAGCACCAUAGUGACUCUUGCAAUUCCCUCAGAAAAUAGAAGAGAAGGGACUAGUGGAGAAGACCUGUACCCCUGUGUUUUUUGUAGGGUUGAGCAGCUGAGCCAUCGCCACUGACUUUCUGCACUUCCCCAAUAGAUUUUGUGGUUUGCUCUUGUUCUGAAUCCAGACAGGAAAUAGCAGAAAGAGAUAUUACAAAUGUGAACUGAAGAUUCAUUCUUGGGAGUACAGCUGAUGGAAACAUGAGGAUUCUAUAGGACCGUCCAAUAUUUCAGCGUUUACUUUCAUCCUGACUUGGGAUGAAAAAAUCAAAAGCACUGAAAUUUGUCAUGAAAUUAACUUUCCAAAACAUUGCACCAGCUGCCCCAAGCCUAUCUACUUCAGAGACACUGCACCUAUGCUUGAGUAU